UAAGCUACAACAUGUCCUUCACCUCUUCCUAAUUUUCCCUGUUUAAUGUGAACUGUGUGAUCUAAAAUAGGCACACUCGCAUCACAUCUUUUUCGCCGUAUUAGGAUUCACAGACGUUUUGAAUUGUUUCAGGUUUUACUGUUUUAAAACAAGUAAAAAGCUUGUCAAAAAGUCUGACCAGGGUCUUCUCUGUUGGCGCGCCAGAACGUUCCCUUUUCCACUGUUGUUAUUGUCGUCUGCAUUUUUUUUUUUAAGCUAAAGUUCUUUUUAUUCGCUGGAUAUGGGGAGAAAACAAGCUCUUAAAACGUUAAAGGAAAAGGCGGUUGUCGAAAAAACGGUUGUGUUUAAAUGUAACCAAAAACGUAAACGAUUCAGCCAACCUUUGAAAGAAUCGAACAAACCAUCAACCGUACGAGACCGGAAAAAUUCCCUUACAAAACUGUUGAAAGCCCUAGAAACAUCUAGUGGAAUCAAUGCAAUGCUGUUCCUUCACUCACCAAAUUGGAAAAAGUCCUCAGUAAGAAUCAGAGUUUACGGGAGACUAGGAAGAAGAAUGAAAAAGACUCCAGCCUUUAAGUUAAUCCAAAAAACUUUUUACAAAGAAGUUUCUUUAUUCAAUAAGACCCGCCCUCCUCCAGCUGAGGAUAGAAAUGCUCUUUAUGUACACACAGAGGAUGAACCAAAUCCAGCUGAAGAUGAAACACUUGCUGAAGAUGAAAAAGUUCUGGAUGAUGCUCUGCAGGCAAUGCCCAGCUAUAAGGGUGAACAUCUAAAUGAUGACAUACCUAGUGAAUUUGAGAGUGAAGAUGAAGGUGACGAAUCAGAUAAAGACCUUAUCUACAUGUCAGAUGAAGAUGACAAUAAAGAUGUUCCUACAACAUCCAAGAACAAUCCAAUGGUUAUCUUGCCUGGAAUUAAUGCUUUGGCAGCCUUGCUUAAUCUCACACCAGUUGCAGCAUCGACUAGUGCCGUUCCUGUAACUAUCCCCGCUACUCGCACUCCUGUUACUGUUUCGUCUACCUUCCCCUUAAAGGUCAAAUCAUCACCAGCCCUUACUCCUGUUACUACCUCUUCUAGUACCGAUUCCAAGGACAUCACGCCAAGUUGUGUUGAAACCCCAACGAAGAAAAUGGACGAAGUAGCAAUGAAAAAAAAGGAAUUAUUGAAUAAAAAAAGAAGAGAAAAGUACCAAGCCAGCGAUAAAUGCAAACAUGGUAGCCGAACAAUAUAUGCCAGCGAUGAUGAUGAACGUCCGCUGAAAAAAGGCAAAACAAGCCAUGAUAAAAGCGUCUCGAAUUCUAAGGACGAAAUUGACAAUGCAAGCUCUUCAUCAGAUUUACCUAAUGCGUCCAAUAUCGAUGAAAAGUCCGAUACGGUAACUGUGGCAGAGCAGCUUGAAGCAGAGUGGCAGUAAUGGAGCUUCAAAAAGCUCUCGAAUAAAAUGAGGAAGACAAUGACAAUUCAGGAUGUACGUGCCACUUAGGGGGAUGGGGUUAUACAGGAGAUUUUCGAAGGCUGUGCGCGCAAGGAAAGGUGAAAGAGGGAAAGGUGAAAGUGCGUGACGGAUUUUCUAUGGACCAAUUGCAUCUGUGUUGUCGAGUUUGAGGCUUGUGGGUGGGAGGUAACACUGAGCAUUGCAUGGGAUCUCCCCUCUGAACUUGCAGCAUCUUUCGUAAAAUGCUUAACACCGGGCAAGCGUUGGUAUCCAGGAAAAGAAGGCAUUGCCCCUACGCGAACCUCUUAUGCGACGCUGGUUUGGAAAGCAUCUCCAGCCAUGAAGCCGGCAAUAUUUUUUUUUUGGUUGAAAUAAAUUCUUAUCGUUCCACAAAGAAUUUUGACAGGAUCGUGUUGAACUCCUAAUGGGCUCACCACAAAAUUCGUAUCCGAGAGCAUCCGUGUUCAUAACAAAAGUUCCAAGCAAGAUUAUCAUUACAACAAAUUUGACAUCUUGUUCUCGUUUAACAAUUUCAAGACGUAAAGAAACUUUUUUUCCCUCCUAAAGCUUAAAGGGCAAGGGUAAAUUGAGAUGUGAGCGUGUUUAACGCAAAAAGAUUUGAAAUCCAAUUCGGGUUUCAUGCGUGGAACGCCGAAAUCAACGUGAGAUGGCACCACCAUUGCACGACCGCAAUUUCUUUCCCCUAUUUUUCUUGAUUGGCAUUGGAACCAUCCCGCCACAAGUCCCGCGUUUUAUAUUAUCACGGCCGUGUUUACAAAAAAAUGUUUUCAAUUUCCUUUGCCGAUUUUCCCCCAUUUUACCUGAAUUUUUCUGUGGCUUUCCUCAGUUUUCCAUUGUUUGUCAGUAUGCUCUCCUCCCUCAGUUUUCCAUUGUUUUCCAGUCUGCUCUUGUUUCCAAUAAAUUAGUAACUUUUGUUUGA